AUCGACUAGGAGCUAGAAAGGUAAUAAUGUUCGAGAUAGGGCCAAUUGGUUGUAUUCCAUCACUUACAAAGCAGCUAAAGCACAAUGGACUUUGCGCUGAAGAAUAUAACAAUCUUGCAGUAAUCUUCAACAACCAACUCAGUGACAUGCUCAAGAAUCUCACUUCAACUCUCCGAGGCUCGGCACUUAUUCUUGGCCAUGCUCACUGGCUUGGCUUCGACGCUGUCACCAAUCCUUCUACUUAUGGUUUAAUGGAUCUAAUUGGCCCAUGUUGCAUCACCUGGGCAAAUGGGACAUCAGCUUGCAUACCUGAACUUUUGCCCUGCCGCAAUGCAGAAAAACACUACUUCUGGGAUGGUUAUCAUCUUACUGAAACCGUAUAUAGGGUUAUUGCCACAAAAUGUUUCAAUGGGACUGAUGUUUGUAUUCCCAAGAAUAUUAAGGAGCUUGUGGAAGAUUGACAAAUUAAAGACUGUUCAUUAAGGAAAAGAGUUAUAUAUAUAUAUAUACAAGUACAACUACGUGCAUGUAGAUCAUGGAAAAUGGACUUGGAAGAAGUUAGAAAGUUGAAAAGCGGACCAGUAGAAGUUUGAUAUG